AUGUCAGGCAUCCCUUCUUUCCCAAGCUGGCGCCUCUGGACCGAUAGGAAGAUCGAUGACCCGCAUCCUACAACUUCAAAGAAGUAUUUGUAUCACACCCGAGCAAUGGACCGGGGAAGGAGUUUCAUUCAUUUACGGAGUUUGGAAGCGAGGACGAUCCAGGAUCGACUGCUAUCUGAAGAAGUGGAGCUGAUUAUUCAGCACCGGACAGGAGAAAGGGCAAUUAAAGGGAAGGAAAGUUGGGAACCAACGGAAAAUAAAGUAUCAUGUUGCUCCUCGGAAAACGCGUAUAAUAGUCUCAUUGGCCAAAGUCAAUGGCAAAGAUCCUCCUCUUAUGCAGGGGAGGUUGUGGAGGGUACCGUCGUCGACGAUGACAAGGGACAGGUGCAUGAUUCAAGCGAUUCGGAAUCUGUCAAUGGGCAGAUUGGUGGUACAAGAGCGGCUGCUGUUGGACAUGGGGCGGCAGACGUAGCUGAGGACCACCCUGAGGAGACUUGGUGGAAGGUAGUGGCGACAGCCAGGAAGAUGGAGAGCAGGACAACGCCCAUGCUGCAGAUGAAGAGGGGGACCGGCUUUCUGCAGUCGGAUUUGCAUCGGAUGGGAAUGUUUCAGGCGAUGAGGAGGAUGAUGCGAGCAGCUGUGUGUCCAAGAAAAGGAGGACACAGUAGUAUGCGUAGUCAGUACAGCAGCGCCUUUUGGAAGCUUUUGUUUCGUCCACCAGUGAACACUGAUAAGCUCAUCGGCUUGGAUAAUCCAGUCCAUGAAGAUAAGUAG